AUGACACGUCGGUCCAUCACAAUUGACCAAGGUCCGGCGGCUACUUAUCAUGUCAAGUUGAACACGGCGUCGUUGAAUCCUAGACCUGUCGAAGGUUUUGGGGGUGCAUUCACAGCGGCAUCUGGUGUGAAUUACAAGAAGUUGAGUGAUGAUGAUAAACGCAAAUUCAUCGAAUUGUACUUUGGCCAGAGUGGACUCCGCUACACUAUGGGUAGAAUUCCAAUCAACUCGUGUGACUUCAGUCCGUACACUUACAACUUUGACAACGUGUCUGAUGACUUCGCUUUGGAGCACUUCGAUGAGUCUUUGAAGGGAGAUGAAGACACCGGUAUGAUUCAGCUCAUGCACGAUGCUUUGGGGAAGGCGUCAUUGAAGCUAUUCGGAAGCCCAUGGUCCCCACCAUAUUGGAUGAAGGCCGGCGAUCACAGUAUGAUUGGCAGCGCUAAUCCCUGCCUUAAGCAGGACAAGAGAUACAAACAAGCCUGGGCGGACUACUUCGUGAAAUGG